GAAAAAAAUAUUAACCUUCGCCUUUCAGUUUCUAACGACAACGUUUAAUAGGAUUUUGCUGGAGGCUUUGAAGGAAGAGACUCCUUCGUUUCUUCGUCGGCUGCUACCAACUCUGAAACGAUGCAGGCAAGUGAUAGAUUUAACAUCAAUUCUCAGCUUGAGCAUCUUCAAGCUAAAUAUGUUGGCACUGGUCAUGCUGAUUUGAGCAGAUUUGAGUGGGCUGUGAACAUUCAGCGUGAUAGCUAUGCUUCAUACAUUGGCCACUACCCAAUGCUUGCUUACUUUGCUAUCGCUGAGAACGAGUCCAUUGGACGCGAACGCUACAACUUCAUGCAGAAAAUGCUGUUGCCGUGCGGCCUUCCUCCAGAGAGAGAAGACGAUUAGGAGGAUUUGAUGUUCUGGCUUGCGUUGGAAAUGUUUAGUUUGGAUUCAGAGAGUGAUAAAACUGUCAAAUUUGGUGUUCUGUUAUAAUAACAGCACGUUGCUUGUCUUUUUAGCAUAGAUGAUAAAGUCUCCAAAAUAAAUGGUUCGCCACCGGUUUUACAGGAUGAAAGAAAAGUGAAUGGGUUUCUUAUGUCUA